AUGUUAAGGAGACCUCCGACUCAUCUUGAGCUCCUCUUCAGGACUAAGCCUGUCACCGAACAAGAUGUCGAGAACGAACUGGCAUCAAGAGCUAAUGAACAAGUAAUGCAAAGGGGAUUAGAUAUAUUUCAUAUUUAUGAAUUUUUCUGGCAAAAUGGCGAGAGAUAUGUUUAUGGCCCAGACAUUGGCUACUACGACACAAAGGUCCUUGAGUACAAGGAAGAAUGGAAUAAUCAUGAUUGCUAUUAUGUCUCAACCAUGGAAACCACAUCUCUAUCUUACGUUGAUAGACCAAAACCAAACUCAGGUUUCGUCACACACAUGAGUGAAAGACAAUGGCAUCUGCCUCGAAACCAUCUCCAUCACCUACUAAACUUCCCGCAAGAAAUUCUCGAUCUCAUCCUGGACUUCACGUUGGUCAUCAAAGAUCAUACUGUUACACCUGAUGUCACUUUAAGCAAUAAAAGAAGUUCAUAUAAAAUUUCACAUUCGUACACAUUAGACGGCAAGAGAUAUGAGCCACCAGAUUUCUACAACAGCGAAGACCCGGACCACCCGGUUCCAUUGAGCACUAUCAUCACCAAGAAAUAUCAUGAUUCAAAGGGCGCAUACUUCAUGAUUCACAGAGUUUAUCGGCCAGUGAUAGAUGCGACAAUACUUCGAGUUUGUAAGACCAUUUCAGUUCAAGGGACAAGGAUGUUGUAUGAGAAGAACGUAUUUCAGUUCUCCAUGACGCAGAUUAACAGUACUGGAUGUCCAGGAUAUCUGGCUUUUGGAAAAGUAUACAAGGACAAUGUGACACUGAAGCACUACACUCGAAGACUAUGGAGUUAUAAUCCCGAUGGGUACUUUCUGAUGGCAAUUCAUGCAAUCGAAACGCAGGUAUCAACGUAUGAUCUUGAAGACUAUCUCUACCACGAUCACUUCAUCCGAUUUUUACACGUCAUUGGUCCCGCCAAAGCUGCUAUGAUUAAAAAGUUACAUUUUCACGGAAGGAUUGUUACACAUAGGUGUAAGAGUCUUAAACGUGUACUGAAUUGCGAGGAAGAUUUGUAUGAGAGCCUUCACUUAUACAUCCCGUUAAUCAACAAGUUCUGUACCAGUCUCCAAACAAUGGAGAUUGGCAUUGGAGAGGAUAAGAUGUAUUUUCCAAUUGUUCACACACAAUCAAGGGCCAUUGUCAGAUUUAAAGCUCUCAAUGAGCUGUUGAGAACACUGAAAACGGUUCGUCGUCUUGAUAUCUAUCAGUUGAAGGAAGCUAAACCAACCUACAAUAUCGUUGAGCCUGGACCGAUCAAGAUAGUUCACACUUUCCCUGAACUUCAUCGUAGGAGAGUAGUAGCGCUGGAAAGGAACGUUACCAGGUGGUUCAAAGAGAGAGCCGAUAAGUGGGAACAUGAGGAGAAUGAGAGGCAGAAGAUUCUUAUGACUUUGGAGACACCACCCCCAAGAGGAGAAGAGUCGUGA